AUGCCUCAUUCAGAUUUUUGGCCGUUUGGAGUGUCUAAUAAACCCGUUGUUUGCAAAACAUUGGAUAAUAAUGACGUGGAUGGGGAAGCAUCUUUACUGGUAUCAAAACUUCGAGAAGAGUUGAUUAGAGCAAAGAAUGCAGCGGAACAAGAAAAGUUCCAAAGAGAAAAGUAUGAAGCCAAAUUGAGAGACCUGGAAUCGAAAUUAAAUAUGAUAUGCUGUAAAGAGUCAACAACAGAAGAAAAGGCAUAAGAGGAAGUAAAUUCUAUGAAAACGCACAUACGCGACUUGAAAGAGGAGCUGGAAGAAACUCGUAUAACGGUAGUCGAAAAAACAGAACAACUUCAAGAGUAUCGUGUAAAGUACCUCCAAGCGCAACAACAAGUGGAAGAGUUGAAAAGGCAAUUGGAUGUUAUAGAAUUUGACAACAAACAGGUGUCAGACCAAAUUCAAAUUGAAAUCCAAAAGAUGAAGAUGCAAUUUCAAGAGAAACUCCAAGAACUUUCUCCAUUGCCAGAUCUAUUGAAAGGAGCUCAAAUACAACUGCAGGAAGCAAAGCAAAUGCAGAAACUUGCAGAAGAUAGUUCACAACAACUCUCUAAUGAACUACACCGUGUAAAGGAAAAGUUUAUAAUUGCUGUAAAUAACUUAAACCAAGAAAAAGUUGAAAGAACCAAAGCAUUUGAAGAGAAUAAAGCGCUGAAAAUAACCAUAGAAGAUAAACAGAAGGAAAUUGACACUCUCAGUAAAGAAUUAGACGAAAGCAAAUGCAAUACUCUGCGGCUUGAUGAGAAAUUGAUGCAGCUAGAGACACGCCAUAGAGAAAAAUGUACAGAAUGCAUGCAAAUGUCGAAAGACAUGGAGGAAUUAAAGAUUGAGAGUAGCAGAUCCUUGAACAGGAGCAAGGAGAGAGCUGAAUCGAUGAGGAGGUACCUUCAUACUCAGAUCACGGAAAUGGAACGGCAAUUGGUACAAAGUCGGGCGCAGUGUAGACAAUGUCAGAAGGAAAGAGAUGAGAUUCGUCAACGUAUGCAGAUUCAGAUAAACAAUUUACAAGAGAACUUCGACAUGGUAGAGCUUCGCCUUAGAGCACUGCAGAACCAGGUGACGUCAUUGAAGAACAGCUAUACUGUUAUACUGGCUGAAGAGGAUGACAGCAACGAGUUUAAUAAAAUAACCACAUCGAGUUAUAACGAUUAA